AAUAUAUAAAUGAGCCAAUCUGAUUUAGAUAGACAAAUAGCCUAACUAAGGAACUGCGAAAAUAUAACUGAAGGAGAAGUUAAAGCAUUAUGUACAAAGGCUAGAGAAAUUCUUGUAGAAGAAAGCAAUGUGUAGAGAGUCGAUGCCCCAGUUACGGUAAAAAUAUUUUUAAUAUCAGAUCUGUGGAGAUAUUCAUGGCCAAUUCUUUGAUUUAAUGGAGUUAUUUAAAGUGGGAGGGGAUUGCCCAGAUACUAACUACUUAUUCUUAGGUGACUUUGUUGAUAGAGGAUUUAAUAGUGUGGAAACAUUUUUAUUAUUAUUAGCUUUGAAAGUGCGUUAUCCAGACAGAAUAACAUUGUAAAAUAAUCAUUAAUGUAGAAUACGUGGGAAUCAUGAAUCUAGAUAAAUUACUUAAGUUUAUGGCUUUUAUGAUGAAUGUCUAAGAAAAUAUGGGUCAUUAAAUGUUUGGAGAUAUUGCACAGACAUUUUUGAUUAUUUGAGUUUGGCUGCUGUCAUUGAGGAGAAGAUAUUUUGCGUACAUGGUGGAUUAUCCCCUUCAAUAAAAACUAUUGAUGAUGUUUUAGAAAUUUAAUUAUGUAGAUUCGAGCAAUCGAUCGUAAAUAAGAAGUACCUCAUGAUGGAGCUAUGUGCGAUUUGAUGUGGAGUGAUCCUGAUGGUAUCUUGAUUAAAUGAUUAUUUUAGAAAUUGAAGGAUGGAAUUUAUCUCCGAGAGGAGCAGGUUAUUUAUUUGGUGGAGAUGUUGUGGAUGAUUUCAAUAGAAAAAAUAAUAUUGAAUUAAUAUGUAGAGCUCAUCAAUUAGUAAUGGAAGGAUAUAGAGUUAUGUUUAAUGAAUAAUUAGUAACUGUCUGGAGUGCACCUAAUUAUUGUUACAGGUAUAUUUUUACAUUUAAUCAGAUGCGGAAAUGUGGCCUCAAUACUUGAAUUAGAUGAAAAUCUUGCUAAAUCUUAUAAAAUAUUUGAAGCUGCUCCAUAAGAAAACAGAGGAUUACCAGCCAAGAAACCAAUUCCUGAUUAUUUUUUAUGAAUAAAUAU